UGCAGAAAUUCUGCAUGAUCAAACGCUGCGGAGCGCACAAUUUUUCCUUUCGCCAAUAAAAUAAUUGCAAAAUCGCAUACGCGAGCCUCGAUUUGCUCUUCGCUCGCUAGAAUCGAAUACAAUAACAAUUGUCGCGCCAUAACUCCUGGCGUGACUGUUGUCUAUUUUUAUUUGUGCCAAACGAGCAGCCACAGUAGUCACUGCGCAUCGUCGGCAAUUCGCAACACUCAUCAGUUGAGACUCGAGUUCGGCCAAAGAGUCGAUCCUGUAUUGGGACAAUGCGUAUCGAUAAGUAAUCACAGCUCGCAGCAGUCAAAAUUCCAGAGCUCGCCCUGUAUCGAGAGAGAAUUCGUAAAAGUGAACGCCAAGUCAAGUUCGCGUGGGAGCAGCCUACAAAUUUUGGAUCUUGACUGAACUAUUUUUGUAUAUGGUGAUCAGCAGCCACAUCGUCAGGACGUAAAAAUGCAUAAAACCACCGAAAACAGCGGGACAGCGUUCCAGCAAGUAGUGAAAUUUUCUGGAAGCUCGGAACAACAAACAGUUGAAAUUUCUCAGGCUGAUGUGAAAAUUAUACCUUCGCCUGGAGAUCAUAAUCAUGGUAGUUCCAAGGUGAAAUUAAAAAAUAUCGUAGAUUUUACAUGGGAGCACAAGUAUCAUGCAGGUCAGUUAUUGGCAGUUCAUGUGUCAGGCAAAUAUUUGGCAUAUGGCAUUAAAGCUUCAAAUGGCAAUGGAGUCGUUAGAGUUGUCAAUAAAGAUACCGAACAAAGAACACUUAUUAGGGGUAUGCAUGGGCUUAUCCAAGAUCUCUCAUUUGCUCAUGUUCAAAAUCCAAUCUUGGCUUACGUAGAUAGCACAGGAAGUCUUUUUGUGUAUUCUAUUGAAGCUACUAAAAGUGGAGAGCUUAUAUGUAACAGAAUAUUACAAGUUGAUGCAGAUGAUUCUUACUCGACAUGCCAUAGAGUUAUUUGGUGUCCUUAUAUUCCUGAAGAAGACGCAACUGAUGGAGAAGAAGUAUCAAAACUAUUAGUUCUUACGCGUGGCUCUGUAGCUGAACUUUGGUCCGUGGCUACAGCCUCUAACUGUUUCCCUGAUCCAAUCAAAGCAAACGAUCCAGAAAUUCAUAAAAAUAAUGUCAUGGUAGAAAUUAAUGCCCAUAAUGGGUUAAUUGUUGAAGCAACAUUCAGUCCUGAUGGCACUGCGCUUGCUACAGCCAGUUAUGAUGGUGACGUCAAAUUUUUCCAAGUUCAUAUGCUUGGUUCCUCUCCCCAGCAGCCUCCCAAAUGUUUACAUCAGUGGACACCCCAUGAAGGACGUCCUAUAUCAUCUUUGUUCUUCCUAGAUGAUCAUAAAAAUUAUAAUCCUGAUGCCCAAUUUUGGCGAUUUGCUGUCACAGGCUGUAAUUUUAACUCUGAAAUAAAAAUUUGGUCAUGUGAGCUAUGGCAGUGUUUGCAAACUAUCACGAUUGCCCCAUCUCCAAUGUCUUCAAAAUCACCUGUUUUAAAAGCCAGUUUAGAUCUUGCUGGUGGUUAUUUACUCUUGUCAGAUGUCUUUAACAAAGUGCUGUACAUUUUUAGCAUUUCUAAGGAUAGUAAGGAAGCAGUGGCAUGCAUCAACACUGUAUCGGAAUUUCUCUUGCCUUAUCCUAUUCUCAGUUUUGCUAUAGUUGAUGCUGCACAAAGACAUGUUCGACCUACUGGUUCAUUAGAAGAUUUAUGUCCUGGUGAAGAUGAAAAUGAAGAUCAGCUUGUCAUAAGAAUGUACUUAGUGCAACCAAAAUCUCUUCAAGAGUGUCACAUAGCAUUUAAAUCUCCCAUAAGUGGAACUUGUCUUAUGGACACCUUAACACACGACUCUUUAGACUACACAGAGAAUAUUCCUGAAAUAGCGAAAAUGAAUGAUGAUAUUGAUGAUGAAAGUGUCAAUGAAAUGUCUUUAGGUGUGAUUAUAGAUAAAGUAAACACAAGCGAUGAAGAAAUGGAAAAUGGAGAUGAUAAUAAAAUGGAUGAAGAACUUGAACUGAAUGAAGAUCAAAAUGCUGGUCUUAAUCUCAUGACACCAGAAGCUUUUAGUUCUCCAGCUAAAAAAGAUACUGUUUUAGACUCAAAAUCCUCUAGUCCUCAGCUUGGAAAUAUUGAGUCAGCUAGCCCGUCUAUUGCACAAACAGUUCAAGCUCUCAAUGCAGCUGAUCAACCAUUAGCCACAAGUAAAUUAGAAGAAGUAUUCCCUAGUGGAGGAAGUAGUCCUUCAAGAGAAGUACGAGAAAUAUUAUCAUUAUCCGAACCUGAAGAAAGUGAACCUGAAGUUAAAACAGAACCUAUGGCAAAUACAAUAAAUGAAAAUUGGGCUCAAGUUCCGAUGUGUAAAUUGACUAAUGCAUUCCACGCAAUGCACGAACAAGAACAACAAGACAUAGCUGACGGUCAAAUUUCUAUUAAAAAAGAUCUCUCACCAUCUGUGGUGCAAAAAGAAGUUAUUGACACGAAAUGGAAGGACUUAUCAAAUGACAUGCAUGCUAUUACCAAGAAGUUAGAUACUAUGCUUGAACUUAUUCAAGACCAACAACAAGAAAUAAGUGAAUUACGUCAUGAAGCUCGACUUCGUCAAGAGGUUUCAUUGGCUAAGCGAGUAGAGUCUAUUUUGGCCAAAGCGCUUGAGCAGCAAACUAAUAGUAUCAUAGCAAGUCUUUUGAAUCAGAAUACUUCAAGACAACGAGAUUUUCAAAAACAUAUUGAAGAUAUUGUCAAAAAAAGUAUUGAAACUGCUAUACCAGCAUCUAUACAUAAUGUAGUUGAACCUUUAAAACGUCAAUUGAGAGUAGAUGCUAAUCAAAUUGAAAGUAUUGUUAAGGAUAAUCUUAACAAAGCAAUGAAUGGACCACAGAUGCGUGAAGCUCUUUCAAAGACUGCUACAAAUGCUGCCAAGCCAGCACUAGAAAAUGCUUUCCGAGAAACUUUUGAAGGAAUGUUAUUGCCAGCUUUUGAGAAAGCUUGUCAAACUAUGUUUAAACAAGUGCAAGAUACAUUUGUACAGGGUACAAAAGAAUAUAUUCAAAAUGUGGAUACACAUAUUGACAGUCAAUAUCAACGACAUAAUAAACUUCAAAGUGACCUCCUUGCCACUACAAUUCGAGAGCAAAUGCAAAACGAAUUUUCUAGGGGCUUGUCUGCUAUGCAAGAAAAUACUGCGAGAAGCGUACGCGAUAGCGUGAAAGAAAACUUUACUCAGCAUAUGUCAAAUUUAUCUGGCAUAAGCUCCAGAGCUACAACUCCAGGAUUACCUACUCCUUCACCGGUAGAUAAUCAAGCUCGUGUUAUGUCACUUUUGCAACGAGGACAGAUUAACUCAGCUUUCCAACAAGCUCUUAGUGCUAGCGAUCUUGGUCUUGUUGUAUUAGUUUGUGAAAGUACUGAUCCUGCAAGAGUAUUUUCGGUAGCAGUAGGUUCUGGACAAACUACUCGUUGCAUGUUACAACAACCUGUACUUUUAUCUCUUGUACAGCAGUUAGCUGCUAAUCUUGGACACAGAACUGAACUGAAGCACAGGUGGUUAGAGGAAGCAGUCAUAAGCCUGGAUCCAUCAGAUCCCAUCACUCGCGAACACAUGACCAGUGUAUUGUUAUCAUUACAAAAUCAAAUUCAGUUAUUUAUUGCUGCGAAUCCAGGUAACCGAUCUGUGAGACGAUUGAAAAUGGUUGCAAUGGCUGCUCAAUCUCUAUUGAAAGCAUCAUAAACUUUGUAGAAUUGAUACAAAGAAAAUUAGACUUUAAUUUUUGUGAUUACUUUUUAAUGCACAUAAUUUUUGUGCAUGAUUAUCAUUGAAAAGACUGGAGAUACAUUUUAUUCAAAGUACAUUAUCAUUAUACCUAAUUGUAUUGUGUUUAUUGUUUUGUGAAUUGAGUUUAAAUUGAAAUUCUUCCAAUGAACAAUUGUUAAUGUUCACUUUUUGCUGUCAAUUAUUUUUUUACAGAAACCCAAUAUUUGAUGAAAAAUGUACAAUAAUAUAUCUCCUAAUAACAAUACUUAAUUUUAAUCAUUUUACCAAACACAAAAUAUUUUAAAAGUAGCCAUUAAAAUUUUUAUUAAGUAGUUUUGAGUUUUUGUACUAUGUUAAGUUCAUUUUUCUCAUGAUUAGCUAUCCAAUACUUCUUACUUAGCUGCUACCCUGUAUAAGAUGAUGAAUGUUAGAUAAUUAACAUUUUAGAACUAUUCUAUGAAAAAAGUUGAAUAAAUACUUUAUUCUUAUUAAGUAAAAAGUGUAUUAUAAAAUAAAUUUUCGUACAUUCUAAA